ACACAGUGCAGUGUAACAGCUUGAAUCAAGAAAAUGUGGGGAGAAAAUCAAAAUGGGGUUUCAUCAAUUCUGCUCAUUUUCACUUUUUUACCCUUUUUAUUUACUGCAAUGGGUCAAAGCCCACAACUUGGAUCAGCUCGGGUUGUGUUUCAGACUAAAUAUGGAGAUAUAGAAUUUGGUUUCUAUCCCAGUGUUGCACCGAAGACUGUUGAACAUAUCUACAAACUUGUUCGUUUAGGAUGCUACAAUACCAACCAUUUUUUCCGGGUUGAUCAUGGGUUUGUUGCUCAAGUUGCUGAUGUUGGCAAUGGUCGAUCAGCUCCUAUGAAUGAGGAGCAAAAGGUAGAAGCCUACAAAACUGUUGUUGGUGAAUUUAGUAGUGUGAAACAUGUAAGAGGAAUUCUUUCGAUGGGGAGGCAUUCUGAUCCAAACAGUGGUGGAUCCUCAUUUUCUAUGCUUCUCGGAGAUGCACCACACCUUGAUGGUCAGUAUGCUAUCUUUGGAAAGGUCACUAAAGGCGAUGAAACAUUAAAAAAGCUUGAGCAACUUCCUACUCGUCGGGAAGGGAUCUUUGUGAUGCCAACUGAACGCAUUGAAAUUCUGUCGUCAUACUAUUAUGAUUCCGAGAUGGAAACCUGUCAACAGGACAAGUCAAUGUUAAGAAGAAGGCUUGAGGCAUCUGCUGUGGAAAUUGAAAGACAGAGAAUGAAAUGCUUCCCAUGACAAACCUUAGCGGGAAGACUGUCUGGUUCUAAUUCUAUGAAAGUUUUUAUAUGAAAAGGAAAAAAUAGCGUCACAGGCUCAUGAAGUUGCAAGUGUAUCAGAUAUCAUGAAGUUCGCCAGAUGAACAGUUGUUGAUAAUCCAUGCUAUAGAGCAGCCAUUUACUACCUGCGAGGUCUUGUCUUCUCAAUAACUUAGCUGACAUUACCAUGUGAUGCACAUGCUUCUCAGAUAUGUACUAAAGCUUGAUCAUAAUUGCUUAAAAAUAUGUUACAUUGAAUGGAUCUCAUUAACAUGAAUAUUGCUUUCUGAAACAUCGUGGUCUUGGAUGCAUUGAUUGAUGGAUAGGCUGUUCUAGAUUUUCCAUGAUACUAGUAGGAAGACAGAGACUAGUGAUUUUUGUUUUGUUACAAAAUUUUGUUGAUGUAUGUAGUUGGCAACUUGCUGCCACUUGACGAUUAAUGUUUCCUGGGAAUACCGGCGUUUCUAUCAGAUAUAGGCCUGGCUGGUGGUCUUUUUACCCCAGA